AUGGCGGGCGGUGUUGACCUGUCCCGUGACAGCGGCGCGGAUGUCCGAGAUCGACCGGCCGCAAGGCCCGGACCGCCCGCCCAGAAAUCCGCUCCUGUCCCGCCCGUCCGGAUCCCAACUGAGGCCCGUUCCAUGCAUGCUCCCCACCAGCACAAAAAGUAA